AUGGAUUCAAUGAACGAUGCGUUGAGCCAUAGAUUGGAGCAUGCCUUUGUCGACAAUUACAGGCAAUUUAUUAGAAGAUGUUCGUUGGUGGGCAGUGAUGGGAGUGAGAUGGUGGAUGGGAUCCCUUUUCCUUCAAGCUUCAACCAACUCCCCUUACUUGCCAAUGGGAUUACGGAUAUGGAGAUACACUUCCUCCAAAUCAAAUUCACAGCAAUAGGAGUUUACAUCGAUCCCCAAAUUGUGUCCCAUUUAACCAAAUGGAAGGGCAAAUCUGAAGCUGAGCUAGCACAAGACGAUGAGUUUUUUGAGGCCGUAAUCUCAGCCCCGGUGAAGAAGGCAGUGAGAGUGGUGGUGAUUAAGGAGAUCAAAGGGUCACAGUUUGGGGUACAGAUUGAGAGUGCAGUUAGGGACCGUUUGGCGGAAGCUGAUAAGUACGAAGAAGAAGAGGAAGAAGCACUGGAGCAAGUCGUUGCCUUUUUCCAGUCGAAAUAUCUGAAGCCAAACGCAGUCCUCACUUUUCAUUUCCCGGCGGCGGCGGCGACUUCUCCUCCGACUGCUGAGAUUGGAUUCUCGUGUGAGGGGAAAGAGGAGUCGAAAUUUGAAGUGAAGAAUGGAAAUGUGGUGGAGAUGAUAAAGAAAUGGUACUUGGGUGGGCCCACCUCAGUUUCCCCCACAACCAUCACCUCCUUGGCUGCUGGACUAUCUGCCGAGUUAUCGAAAUAA